AUGAGGGUCGGUUGCCACCGGGAGCUGCUGUUGCUGCUGCUAGUGGUUGGGAUGCCUGCCUCCCUUGCAGGAUCCCAGCCCCAGCAACAACACAAGUGGCCUGUGCCUUACAGGCGUUUUGAUUACCGUCCGAAAACAGAUCCCUAUUGUCAAGCUCGUUACACUUUCUGUCCUACUGGCUGUCCCAUUCCAGCAAUGAAGGAUGAGGAUGUCAUUGAAGUCUAUCGAUUACAAGCUCCAGUGUGGGAAUUCAAAUAUGGGGAUCUGCUUGGACAUUUGAAUAUUAUGCAUGAUGCUGUUGGCUUCAAGAGCUCUCUAACUGGCAAAAACUACACAAUGGAAUGGUAUGAACUCUUCCAGCUUGGGAACUGCACAUUUCCACAUCUCCGGCCUGACAUGGAUGCACCAUUCUGGUGUAAUCAGGGAGCUGCAUGCUUUUAUGAAGGAAUAGAUGAUGUACACUGGAAGGAAAAUGGGACCUUGGUUCUGGUGACCACUAUAUCAGGAACAAUGUUUAACCAAAUGGCAAAAUGGGUACAAUAUGACAACGAAACUGGGAUAUACUAUGAAACCUGGACAGUUCGAGCAAGUCCUGACAAGCAUGCGGUAGUGUGGUUUGAAUCUUAUGAAUGCUCGAAAUUUAUAUUAAGAACAUACCAGAAGUUGGCCGAUUUAGGGGCUGUAUUUAAUAAGAUACAAACAAAUUAUACCAGCAUUACUUUGUUUACUGGAGAACCCAUUUAUUUGGGGAAUGAAACAUCUAUUUUUGGACCUUUAGGAAACAAGACAGUGGCUGCAGCCAUAAGAGAUUUCUACUAUCCAUUCAAAUCUCAUCAGUCUAUUGAAGAGUUCUUCUUGAAUGUCUUAAAAAUAGUAGAUCAGGUUGUCUUAAACCACCAGUUUUACCUCUUUUACAACUUAGACUACUGGCUUUUACCUAUAAAGUCCCCUUACAUCAAAAUAACUUAUGAAGAGAUCCCUUUACCUAAUGAAGACAAUACACGGGUUGGUUUGUAAUUAUUUCAUUAGGUGUAGGUUCUAUGGAUAUGCCUUGGGUGAAGAAAGAGUCCCCUUUCUUGCUAGCUGCAUUACAGCCCCAGAAUGCUAAAGGGGUUUGGACCUGUCAUUGGCCACAUGGUUGCAAGUCAUCUGCUUCUUCUUAAAGAGGGGAGUCUACAGGAGCUGGUUACCAGCAGACACAGUGGCUUG